AUGGCCUCACCAAACGAAUUUCUCGCCGAGGAGGUUCUUGUUGAGAAGAAAGUGAUCACAUAUCGCUACCUAAGCAGAGCUCUGAAGAUUCACGUCAAUGUUGCAAAGAAAGCACUCUUUGACUUCCACGCAGCACAGAACGCCAAAAAGGCUGGUUCCUUGCAUGCGACCUACCUGCUCUAUGGUGCAAAGUCUUUAGCCGAUGCAAGCCAUGCACGGAACGGUGGCCUUGGUGAAGAAGACAUUGACAUGGAGGACGACCUGCCGGACUACCUGCAGUCUGAGGCGGUCCCUACGAGCGUGAUAACUCUCGUGGCCGAGGAGAACCUGGAGAGUGCACUUUCACAAUACGAGUCGCUUCGCUCCAUUCAUGUGUACAGUUUGUCGCCUCAGCCGAUGAGUGAUCUUCAACUGCUCGCAGAUACUACCCGCCAGCUUCGUGAACUUCGCGGGGCUGCGGCGCCAGAAGACUCUCCCAAGACGUUUGGUACAAUCCCCAACUCCCACGUGAGGCGCCGCCAGCGUAAAGGCCAAGCACCCAUUGCGGCUGCUGCUGCUGCAUCUUCUGCGUCUACGCCCGCGGCCACACCAACUUCCGUAUUUUCAAAGGCGUCCAAGACCGAAAAUGCGCCCGGGCCCAACUCCAUCUGGAACAAGGUGAACGCCGCAAAGGACGAUACGAAGCCGGACGCUGCGGCCUCCAAAUCCGCAGCAGACAGCGCCACGCCCGAACCCAAAGAUGCGAAGAAGCCCAUUGCCGCCGCGUCGUCGUCCGCGGCCGCUCCACCGGCUCUAAAGAGAGCGGGUUCGUCAGGUGGGCCUGGAGGCAUCAUGCAAGCGUUUGCCAAGGGUGCCAGUGCCGCCAAGCCGAAGAAAAAGGAGACCGCGCCCGUCGUCAAGAAGCCUGCUGAGGAAGACGCGUCGAUGGCCAUGUCUGACGACGGUGGUGAUGACGGCGACGACGAAGACAUCAUUCCCAAGGCACAACAAGUUGUGGGUGGAAAAUCCCGCCAGGAGCGGCAGGAAGAGCUGCGCAAGAUGAUGGAGGAUGACGACGAUGACGAUGGUGACGAUGCUGAAGACGAGAAGGACGAAGACGAGCGGGAGGACACGCCCAUGGAAGACGUGGAGGAGGACAAGCCCACCGAGGCGGCAGAGGCCCCCAAAGACGACGGCCCUAGCGAGGUCGUCAUCGCCAGCGCGGGCGACGGACGUCGGCGCGGCAAGCGGCGCGUGGUGCGUAAGAAGAUGAUUGAAGAUAAGGACGGCUACUUGGUCACUAUCCAAGAGCCCGGCUGGGAGUCGUUCUCUGAAGACGAGGCACCCGCCAAGGCGGCACCAGUCUCUUCCACUCCCUCUUCGUCUGCACCAAAAGCAAAGAAACCGGCACCGAAGACCGGCCAGGGCAGCAUCAUGUCGUUCUUUGGAAAGAAGGCGGCCGCCACAUCACGAUCCGCUCUUUGUUGUGCGUCGGGGGAGCCCAGCGACACAGACGGACAUUUUGCCGCUGCCGACAACAUCGAUGGAUACUUCCUCGCUCUUCUCUACCUUUUCGCUCCCCUUUCCUUCAUUCUCCCGACACCGUUUCUCGGCACCUCCUCUCGCUCUUUUUCUCUAACAUUCAAAGGCUCCUUGAUCGGCGGCCGUCUUCAAUUCGAUCCUCGCCAUGGCGUCUCGAUUCCUGGCUUCGAUCGCACUGGCGCUGCUCGUGCAACAGUCGUCCGGCCAAAUCGACCAGUCGGUCCUCGAACUCAAUGCAUGCCCCGACUACGUCCUCUACUCGACCUACCCACACUAACCGUCGUUUUCUUCAGCCGACCACUCACCAAGGGUCCCCUCGCCCUGCCAUUCCAACGACCACACAAGAACUGCCGGACCUUCCACUCGAACGCCAUCGAGUCCGUCAUUAGCGAUGUGACUUCGCGCAUGAAGGACGUCGACAUGGCCCGUCUCUUUGAAAACACCUUCCCCUCGACCACAGACACCACAGUCAAGUUCCACACCAACGGCACCGACGGCAAGGUCUCCGAAGCGGUGCGGGCCAAGAUCAAGGCAGCGUCGGGGGGCGCAUACGACGAUGGCAAGUGGGAGGGCGCCCAGUCCUUUGUCAUCACCGGUGACAUUAUUGCCGAGUGGCUGCGCGACUCCACCAACCAGUUGUCGCCGUACCAGCCCCUGGCCAAGACCGACCCUGCUGUGUACAACCUCAUCCUCGGUGCCAUCAACACGCAGUCUGAAUAUGUGAUUGAGAGCCCAUACUGCAACGCCUUCCAGCCGCCGCCUAUUUCUGGUCUGCGGCCCAGCCACAACGGCCAGGACGACAAGGUGCACCCGGCCUUUGAGCCGUCGUUCGUCUUUGAGUGCAAGUACGAGCUCGACAGCCUGGCGCACUUUCUGGCCCUGGGCAACGAUUUUCACGACCACACGGGCUCCACCGACUACCUGAACCGGCGCUGGUACCGGGCCCUGGCCACUGUGCUGCGUGUGCUCGACCAGCAGUCUCUGUCGACGUUUGAUCCGGUGACGAACCACUAUCGGCGCAACGAGUACACCUUCCAGCGCCAGACAGACACUGGCACGGAGACCCUGAACCUGGCCGGCAUUGGCAACCCGCUCAACAACGGCACGGGUCUGAUCCGCUCGGCUUUCCGACCCAGCGACGAUUCUACGAUCCUAGGCUUCUUUGUCCCGGCCAACGCCAUGAUGGCCGUCGAGCUAAAGCGCACAGCGGCUGUGCUGGCGAAAAUUAAGGGCAAGGAGGCACUUGCCAAGGCAGUCGCUUCGUGGAGCCAGGAAAUCACCAACGGCGUGUGGGAACAUGGCGUCGUGAAGCACCGCGAGUUCGGAGACGUUUUUGCGUACGAGGUCGACGGCUACGGUUCGCACAUCAUGAUGGAUGAUGCCAACUACCCGUCUCUUCUGGCACUGCCGCUGAUGGGCUUUCUUCCGGCGUCUGACCCGACGUACCAGAACACGCGGCGCAUGCUGCUGAGCAAGCAGUCGAACCCGUACUACCUCAAGGGCCGCGACUUCAAGGGCAUUGGCGGCCCGCACAUUGGACUGCAGAAUGCCUGGCCCAUGAGUCUGUUGAUCCAGGCACAGACAUCCGAUGACGAUGCUGAGAUCCAGGAGUGUCUCAACAUGGUCCUCAAGUCGGCCCCGUUGGGUCUGAUUCACGAGAGCGUGGACGUCAACUACAUCACCUCCUACACACGGAGUUGGUUUGCAUGGGCCAACGGCGUGUUUGCCGAGACCAUCCUGGACUUGGCCAAGCGGAAGCCGCACCUCAUUUUCAAGGCGCCGGCCGAGGCAUACGAGAUAUAA